AUGGAGGCAAAACGCAACCCCAAGGACUCGAUGAAAUCGACCUGGCGCCGCACCAAUCGCAGCGACUGGACCAUAUUCCAUUGGUUCUAUGAAGUACUGGGCAUCCACCCAACAGCCCUCGACAAGGAAGUGCCCAUUCACUCCAAGCAAGACAAAGUGCCCCACAUCCGCGACUGGCAACUCCACCGCUGGGUCCUCGUCCACUCGUUCAUCCCGCUCGUCAUCCACCAUGCAUACGUCAGGUUCACAGGGAACAACCUGGGCCCGAUCGCCGCGUUCAUCUUCUACAUGUGUUAA